AUGAUGGCUGGAAAGGAUUUCAAACUCCUCAUGGUCUUUUUGGUUCUCAUUGCACUGACUGCAACCAAUGAAGUUUUAGGUGUCAAAGUUGGUACCCAGCUUAUCCCCAAAUGCGGUAAGAGUUCCGCGAAGUGUAAACAAGGGAGACCUUAUUGUAUUGGCAAGAACGCAGUUUGUUCGGCCAGAGGAACACCCAAAUGUUCACGUGGAAAACCUACAUGUAAUUGA